UUUCAGUCAAGUUACUUAAGUGUUACACACGUUAAAAUGUAUCGAUAUCUAUUUAUAAUUUUAACAUAUACUUUAGUCAGUGCAAAAUUUCGUUUUGAUAACUAUACGCUUUACAAAAUAAUACCUGAAAAUGAAAAACACAUACAAAUUCUUCAAGAUAUCCUUGAAUACGAUCAGAGAUAUGAUUUCUGGACAUACCCAGCACCGGGGGCCAAGUUUGUUAAUAUAAUGUCGAGUCCAGAAAAUAAAGCUGAUUUGGAAAAUACAUUCAAUAGCAAUGAUAUUAAGUUCUCUAUUUCAAUGACAAAUGUUCAAGAAGUUAUUGACAAAGAAACAGUUGGCAGAUAUACAAGAAGUAACCUUAGGUCUAUGAGGUGGGAUACCUAUUAUAAUCUACGUCAAAUUAACGACUGGUUAGAUGACAUAGUUAGCAGAUACUCAAAUGCAGCUAGCAUUAUAGUAGGUGGAGAAUCAUUUGAAGGUAGGCCAAUCAGAGGUGUUAAAAUAUCCCAUGGCAGUGGUAGACGAGCCAUCUUUAUUGAAAGUGGUAUACACGCAAGGGAAUGGAUUACUAUGGCAACUACGAAUUACAUAAUAGACCAGCUAUUGAGAAGUAAUGACCCAGAAGUUCAAGCAGCAGCUAGGGACUAUGAUUGGUACAUUUUCCCAGUUACAAAUCCUGAUGGGUAUGUUUGGAGUCAUGAAGAAUUCAGAAUGUGGCGUAAAAACAGAAGACCUAUUGGAUCACAAUUUGGAGUUGAUUUGAACAGGAACUGGAACAGUAAUUGGUUACUUCACGGAUCUAGUACCAACCCAGCUACGGACAAUUACGCUGGCCCAGGACCAUUUUCGGAACCUGAAUCUAGGACUCUAUCAGAAUACAUACGAUCUCUUAGUGGACAAAUUGACUUGUAUUUGUCUAUGCAUUCUUUUAGUGAACUGCUGCUUUUACCAUUUGGCAAUUCGACACAACAAUAUGCCAAUUACCAAGAUGCUAUCAGCAUUGGUAGACGUGCCAUGGGUGCGCUUUCGGUCAGAUAUGGAACACAAUACACAACCGGGAAUAUCGCUGAAGCAAUUUAUUUAGCAACCGGCGGAAGCAUAGACUGGGUUAAAUCGGCUCUGAACAUCCCCUUAGUCUAUUGCUAUGAGUUCCGCGAUAAAGGGCAAUACGGGUUCCUCCUCCCAGCUAACCAGAUUCGACCAAACAGCGAGGAAGUAUUGGACUCAUUAUUGGAAAUGAUACAUCAGGCGAAAAGAUUCGGCUACAUGAACGGAAGCGCAAGUGGCAGCGCGAGCAGUUUAAGAGUGUCCUUGUGGAGUAUGCUAUGUGUGAUCGUAGUUGGUUUUAUGAGGAAAUAAAGUUGAUUUGGCGUA